GAUUUUAGCUAAUGGGUGGCAUGAAUUUGACAUGAUGUCGUAUUUGACAAUGAUCUACUGAGGCGACAUUACUCGCAUGGCUUCAUACUAGGUGGACAUCUAAGCUAACUAGUUUUGAACUGUUACUGCCUACACUAGUCAGCUUUAUGUUAUGCGGUGCCAGUAGUAGUUAGCUAUCUCUGAUAAUUCAAGUUAAUUUAGCCAGCGAACUGAAUCUGACAGCGACUAGUGACUGAAUUCAUCCUAAAACCACAACCAGCCACGUAAAACCGCGAUGCAGUCCGGUCAAAAUGUGAUGGAGUGCCACAGCGAAGGAGCGCUUGUCAAAUCUGACAAGGCAACUUCGAGAAACAUCCCCAGGCUGACGACGGAGGACACUGGUCCAGCGGUGGAGAAGAGUAAUGUUGGGGACACCCUGGUCAUCAAUGAGAGCAACCUCAGGGCGCAAAGUCCCCGUGGAGCAAACACAGAUGACGACUCUGAAGCGGAGUCAUACCGGGAUGGGCGGACAGAGGAGGUGGACAGAGACAUGAAAGGCAGAGCGUUCGCCUGGUGCCGAGACUUCCUCUCCGGGUCAUGGAACUGCAUUCCCGAGGCGGAUUUUCAGAUCAGUGUUGUCAGUGGUGGACUCAGUAAUCUACUGUACAUGUGCAGUCUGCCAGACCAUGCCCACACUAUUGGAGAUGAACCUCGCAGGGUCCUGCUGCGAGUGUAUGGGGCCAUCCUACAGGGAGUGGAUUCUCUGGUCCUGGAGAGUGUGAUGUUUGCCAUCCUGGCGGAGAGAGCGCUGGGGCCACAGCUCUAUGGAAUCUUCCCUGAGGGACGCCUGGAACGGUACCUGCCGAGCAACCGUCUGCGUACAGAGCAGCUCUUUGUUCCGGAACUGUCCGCUGAGAUCGCUUCAAAGAUGGCCCGCUUCCACAGGAUGGUCAUGCCCUUUAACAAGGAACCCAAGUGGCUGUUUGGGACCAUUGGCAGGUACAUGGAUCAGGUGAUGAACUUGAAGUUUGCCCGCGAGGCUCACAUCAAGAAAUACAACAAGCUUAUUAAGUACGACCUCCCGGCAGAGCUGGAGAGUCUCCGAGUUUUGUUGGCAGCGACCCCAUCUCCAGUGGUGUUCUGUCAUAAUGAUGUGCAAGAAGGUAACAUUCUUAUGCUGGAGGACAGAGACCAUGCCUCCACUGAGAAACUCAUGCUCAUAGACUUUGAGUACAGCAGCUACAACUACAGGGGUUUUGACUUUGGGAACCACUUCUGUGAGUGGUGCUAUGACUACACAUACAACCAGUGGCCCUUCUACAAGUGUACACCUGAAAACUACCCAAGCAGAGAACAACAGCUGCAUUUCAUCCGUAACUACCUGGUGGAGACGGGAGGGUAUUCGGAGAGAACUAUGCACGAGGACCAAGCUCGUAAAGAGCUGGAGAUGCUGGUCGAAGCCAAUCGGUUCGCCAUGGCAUCUCACUUCCUCUGGGGCCUGUGGUCCAUCAUUCAAGCCAGGAUAUCCAAGAUUGAGUUUGGCUACAUGGACUAUGCCCAGUCUCGAUUUGAUGCUUACUUCAAGCAGAAAAAGCUAUUUUCCUAAAUCUCUAAGAGAACAGAUUGACUUCAAUGGAAUUUACUGUCAUUUUUAUAUCUGCUGAUUCUUCCUGUAUGCAACUGUCCUGACCCAAAAUAAGUGUUUUUAGUUCCUUUUUACCUUUUUAGUUUGGUUAAUUUAUUCUAAGUAUGUAUAAAGGGAGUUGGGUGAAACGGUAAUUUAGCAGAAACAUGGUUAGCUAGGUUACAAGAUAAUCCAUUGUUUGAACUUUAUAUUUAUAAUAUACCACUACCCCGUCCAUCUAGUAUCUUUCCCCUGCUUAGUAGCAUCCAAUACUUUGCACUGCCUGUGACAAGUAAUGGUGAAGCAGGGACUUAUUGUACCAGUCAAAAGUUUUAGAACACCUACUCAUUCAAGGGUUUUUCUUUAU